CCGCAUUCACACCGGAGAGAAACCGUUCCGUUGUCAUGUCUGUGGGAAAUGUUUUAACCAGUCUGCCCAUCUCAACACACACUUACGGCUCCACUCCAGGGAGAGGGCCAGCUGGAACCGAGCUCCACACUCCAAGUGAUCAGUACCAACAGGAAAUAAAUGAAUCAUCUGUGGCACUGCUCAAAACAUGCAGCUCACACAUUCAUGCAGUGUACAGUAGUAGUGUUUGUGUAAGUAUGUGUGUGUUAUUACAAAAUAAAGCGUUGCAUAUGACAUUUCUGAGUUAUAAUAUAGGAAACAUAAGAGCAUACAGUACUUUAGAAUAUAUGUAUAUGUUUAUACACAUACAUGUAAAAAGAGUAUUUUUGUCCGUGGAGCUCUUUUAUCUUCAGAUGGGAUCACCACCAGCUUCUCUCAGACCUUUAAAAUGGUUUGUAAGAUAUGUUGUAGAAAAUUGAAGUCUAGAAAGACACCAUAAUUACAUGAGGUAAAGAAAGAAAAUCAGAACACUGACAUCUGCUGGUGAGUCCGUUAUCUGCUCAUCUUUUCUGUCUAUAUUGUCUCGAACCGUGUUCUACGUAGCAAAUUGCUUCUUUAGCGACUUGAACGCGCGAAAACUAAUUUCCUUGCCGUCGAAUUACUUUUGUUUUCUUGUCCGCCUUAAAGCUAUUUAAGACGUAUGCCAUAAUGUUGUUGUUUUUGUUGUGGUGGGCUCUUAAUGACGACAACGUUACUUGAAGAGAAUUUUUAAUGUCAUUACAAUAACUACGACAGAACAGACUCGACUUUUAGCAUUAGCAUAGAUGGAGACAGAACACGACUUGUUAGAACUGCAACGCAAGGGUAAUCUGUACAACCGAGGAAACUACACAGGACUUUUAUGUACGUAUGACACGGAAAUUUGGUGAGUGUCGUUUUAAUUAUAAAAAGUACUUUUUUUAGAGCACACUGAUUGACCAAUCAACUGUCUAAAGACUUAGAUGAUUAAAUGAGCCAAGUCAGGUGUGCUGCUGCUUGGUUGGAACACCAUUUAAUCCAAAGGGAGCAUGUUUGUGAACUUAAACAGUAAGAACCAGUGUCGUGACAGAACCCAGCCAUAAACACGUGAAGCCCAUACAGAGAAGCUAAGCUGCAACUCAAACCAACAGAAAAGCCGAAGCCAACGUAGUUUAAUCUUUAAUGUUAUCAUGAUUUGACUUGAAGUGUGUGUGAGUAGUGUGUGCUCUGUUCAUGUUCAUGAUUACACAAUUUGACAAGCUGUGCGUCAUACUGUAGAAGAUUAUCGUGUGUUUGUCGUUGGCCAGGCAUUCAAUUAUUUUAACCCCUAAAAGCGAGGGCAAUUCUGUAUCUAAAUAGCGACAUCUGCAGGCAACCUGGAUAAACAGUGUGGUGAACUGACACUAAUUGUAGGUUAAAUGAUUCGGACACAUCGGUCAAACACCCCAGGGGUUGUUUCAGGGGGGCAGAUCUGGGCACUCCUGUUAAAUUAUCCUGGGGGCACCAGUGUCUUGUCUUUGCCCCCCAAAUGGUUAAAUACGGCCCAGAUGUUGGGCAGCUCUCCCCCUCCCGCACAGCACCUGUCGGCCAACCUCUGAUGACGUAUGCAGCGUGUAAGCGCAGCGGCACACCGGGAUAAGAGAGAGAGGGAGAGAGAGAGUCUGACGAGGAAAAAAGAGAGAACGAGAGAGUGAGCAGCACCGCAUUGACAGGAACCGUGGAGUCAGUGCUCCGGUAAAGGCACCAGCACCGAGGAGGAGGUGGAGGAGGAUGCGGCUUGUUUUCUAAUGUCUCUGCGGAGCUGACGCAGCCGCAGCGGGAAGAGGAGCGGCGGAGGAGGACCGGGGAUUGAUGGAGAUACGACCGAGUCGACCUGCACUGCUGUACAUCUGGAGGCAAGAGCGGCACUGACAGAGGUCAGCAGAGCAGAGUGGUGGACGUCUGUGAGUGGAAAGACCAGGUGUCCACGUCAGACUAGGAGACUCACGGUACGGUCGUCAGAAGAACCGUCUAUCCAAUCAGGAGAGCUGAGCCAGUGGAGGAGCCAUGUUGGGGCAGGGCAGGCGCGUGGCCCUGACUCUGGUGUCAUUACUGCUGCUAUUGUGGCACGAGGCAACAACCAUCGAGGUCCCACAAGACCCAAAGAUCCAACAGGACUUGAAGCAACCCCCCACCAUAGUCAAACAGUCGGUGAAGGACUACAUUGUCGACCCCAGAGAUAACAUCAUCAUCGAGUGUGAGGCCAAGGGUAACCCAGUGCCAACGUUUACAUGGCGAAGGAACGGCAAGUUUUUCAACAUCGGGAAAGACCCGCGGGUGACUAUGAGGAAACGCUCAGGAACACUGGAGAUCGGUUUCCGCAGCGGAGGGCGACCUGAGGACUACGAAGGAGAGUACCAGUGUUUCGCCGAAAAUGAUUUGGGAAUCGCUCUGUCCAACAAAAUCCUGCUGCGAGUCUCCAAGGCUCCUCUGUGGCCCAAGGAGGUUCUGGAGCCAGUGUUGGUGACUGAAGGUUCCCCACUGGUUCUAACCUGCAACCCCCCACCAGGUCUUCCUCCUCCAUUCACUUUCUGGAUGAACAGCGGAAUGACUCCAAUCCCUCAGGAUAAGAGAGUGUCCAUGGGGGUGAACGGCGACCUCUACUUCUCCAACGUCAUGGCUCAGGAUGCCCACACAGACUACAGCUGCAACGCCCGCUUCCUCUUCACACACACCAUCCAGCAGAAAAACCCGUUCACACUCAAAGUUCAGACCAACACACCAUAUAAUGAGACAUCUUACAAUGCCUCUGACCCCUAUGGUGGCCGCAAAGUAGCAGAGACCACACCCACCUUCCUCUCACCGUCAGGAACCGAGAGCUCCAAGAUGGUGCUGAGAGACGAAAAACUGCUGCUGGAGUGCAUCGCUGCAGGACUACCCACACCCACCAUCAAGUGGUUUAAGAAAGGUGGAGAUCUGCCAGGACGGAAGGUGAAGUUUGAGAACUUCAACAAGACCCUGAAGAUUGUCAGCGUGUCAGAGGAGGACGCUGGGUCGUACGUGUGCAUGGCUAACAACCGUUUAGGCAGCAUACGACACACCAUCUUCGUCGAGGUCAAAGCUGCCCCCUACUGGCUGGACAAACCUACUGACCUGGUGCUGGCUCCAGAUGAGAAUGGACGCCUGGUGUGUCGAGCAAACGGGAACCCCAAACCCACCAUCCAGUGGUUGGUCAACGGUCAACUAAUAGAAAGUUCUCCUCCCAACCCCAGCAGACAGGUUUUGGGUGACACCAUCAUCUUCCGCUCGGUGCAGAUGGGGAGCAGUGCUGUUUAUCAGUGCAACGCCUCCAACCAGCAUGGUUACCUGUUGGCCAAUGCAUUUGUCAGUGUUUUAGACCUGCCUCCACGGAUGUUGGGUCCUAAAAACCAGCUGAUCAAAGUCAUUGAGAACAACAGGACCUUCCUGGACUGUCCCUUCUUUGGUUCCCCUCUGCCAGAGCUGCGCUGGUUUAAAAACGGACAGGGCAGUGGCCUGGACGGGGGCCAGUACCGGGUUUAUAUCAACGGAACUCUGGAGAUAAAAAGGGCCCGGGUGGAGGACGAGGGCACCUACACCUGCGUGGCAAGCAACAUUCUGGGGACAGCUGAGAACCAGGUCCGCCUGGAGGUCAAAGAGCCAACUCGUAUCGUCAGAGCUCCAGAACACGAGUCGGCCGUCAGAGGAUCCACGGUACUGUUCAACUGUAAAGUCAAGUCUGAUCCCAGUCUGCCUGUCACUGUGACCUGGACCAAGGACGACAAGGUUCUCCAUCUGGGAUGGAGGUUGAAGAAGGACGACGAGUCUCUGACCAUCACCAACGUGCAUGAGGGUGAUGAGGGAACGUACACGUGCACUGCUAAAUCUGAGAUAGACCAGGACUCGGCCUCCGCCCGUCUGACUGUGUUAGAGGAAGCCUCCCUCAACCCCUCAGUCUCUAGUGCCUUGCCUGCAGACCGUCCAGACCCUCCCAUGGAUCUGGAUCUGUCAGAUCUUUUAGCUCGCAGUGUUCGUCUCACCUGGAUUCCUGGAAACGACCACAGGAGCUCCAUCAAAGAGUUCCUGGUCCAGUUUGAGGAGGAUCGUUGGGAACCAGGUAGGUGGCAGAAUCUGUCCACCUACCCCGGGGACCUGAACUCUGUCAUCCUGCAACUGGCCCCGUUUGUGAACUACCAGUUCAGAGUCAUUGCCAUCAACUCAGUGGGUCAGAGUCAACCCAGCAGACCUUCACCACGGUACAGGACCAGUGGAGCUGCCCCAGAUGCUAUUCCCAAAGAUCUGCGAGGGUGGGGCUCCAUGAAGGACAACAUGGAGAUCACCUGGGAGCCACUCCUUGAUCUGGAGAGAAACGGUCCAGACCUGCAAUAUGAUGUGUGGUGGAGGCGGAAGGACACAGGAGAGGAAUGGAAUAAUGUGACCACAGAGGGUACCAAACAUGUGGUUCACCCCACAAACACCUACGUGCCUUAUGAGGUCAAAAUCAGGGCCAGGAAUGAGUUUGGACCAGGACCAGAGUCCAACCUGGUGAUUGGUUACUCUGGAGAAGACAAGCCCACCGACGCUCCUACUGACCUGAGGGUGUCAAAGGUCGAGAGCACCAAGGUCAACAUCCACUGGAAGUCUGUGGACCCUGACUCUGUGCUGGGGGAGUUCAAAGAGUACAGGUUGUACUACUGGCGUGAGUCCAGCAUGGUUCCAGGUUUGGUGGUCGAUAAGGAGAAGAAGACCAGAGGCUUCUACAGCACCACGUCUGAGCCGUCCGCCGUCCUGACAGAUCUGGUGCCGUACUCCAAAUACAAAAUGUUCAUGGUGGUGGCCAACAAUCGCUUUGAGAGUCCGCCUAGCAACACAGUGGAGUUAAACACCAAGGAGGGAGUCCCUGACACUCCAAGAUUCUUCAGAAUCAACCGUAGGAAUUUGGACACUCUCUACCUGGAGUGGGACAAACCUCUGGAACCUAAUGGAAUUCUGAUUGGAUACCAGCUCAAGUAUCUGACAGUCAAUGGUUCCAGGGUGGGUCGUCCACACCUGGAGACAUUUUUUCCCAAUGCCACCGACUUCACCCUCCGCCUCCCGGACCGAUCCACUCGCUACAAGUUCUUCCUGUCUGCACUCACUCAGGUGGGAGCGGGGGAGGUGUACGCUGUGGAGUCACCCCACUUUGCCAAUGAAGAAAACUUUAUUGAUACUACAGAUCUAGUUGAACUUACCGACACCUCCUUGGCCUCACCCUUCACUCCUACACCUCCCCCUCUCGUUACUGUUCCUCCCACUACCCUCCCUCCAACAACCAUAAGCACCUCAACUAGUACCGCUCCUCCAACAACAACCUCUUCUACUACUACAACCACCAUCACUACAACUACUGAGGCAACAACAAUAACAACAGCAGCAACAACAACGACCACCGCCCCGGUGCGGGUCACCACCAGGCGCACGGAUCAAAACGUGUUGGUUGUCCCUGGGCGAGAGAUCUGGAAUCUGACGGUGGAGCCUAACAGUAACUACGCUAACGUCACCUGGAAACACAACUUCCCGGCCGGCAGCAGCGAGUUUGUGCUAGAGUUCACACUGGACAGCGAUAAGACGGUGAAAAUUGUCCCAGUGAAACAACAGCCUCCGAUUAGAGUGGCGGAUCUGAUCGCUGGUGCCAAGUACCAUCUGAAGGUUUACUCCCAUGAGCUCAACAACAUCAGCAAAAAUGUCACCUUUAAGACAGCCUACAUAGACCAGGUGGACAUCGCCACCCAGGGCUGGUUCAUUGGCCUGAUGUGUGCCAUCGCUCUCAUCAUCCUCAUCCUCCUCAUUGUCUGCUUCAUCAAGAGGAGUCGAGGUGGAAAAUACCCAGUGCGUGACAAAAAGGAUCUGCCUUUGGACUCUGUGGACCAGAAAGACCCAGAGGGAUCCUUUGACUACCACAGCGACGAGGACAACAAGCCCCUGCAGGGCAGCCAGACUUCACUGGACGGCAACGUGAAGGAGAGCGAUGACAGCCUGGUGGACUACGGCGAGGGCGGCGACGGUCAGUUCAACGAAGACGGCUCCUUCAUCGGCCAGUACACAGUGAAGAAGGACAAGGACGAGACGGAGGGCAACGAGAGCUCCGAGGCCACCUCCCCCGUCAACGCCAUCUACUCACUGGCGUAGCAGCAGGCGGGGACAAAGAUGACCCCCACACUGGACCCAGAGAACCCCCACACAUGAAUAUAUAUAUACGAGUAUACCAAACCAGAAGAAAAGCAGCGCGGCCGUCAGGAGACUGUGGACCACAGAAACACUGGAGUGGACUGAGAACUAGAACUAGAACCAGAACCAGAACUAGAACCAGAACCAGAACUAGA